AUGCCCCCACAGGGGUACACAAUUUCUGUAGGCCUGUCGGAGCCAAAAACAGGCAUCCCUCCUGCCCAAGUGCCAACAGCUGUGAGCAUAGCUGGCUGGGGAGUGGGGAUCCACAGAUCUGUCUGCAUUGCUCAGGCCCAACCGAGGGUGGCUCUUAAGAAGAACAACGUGUGGCCACCUUCCACUCUGCCGUUUGACGCGAGCACCCUGAAGAUGAGAUGGGAAGAGCUGGGCUGGAGAUCUGUCUGCAUUGCUCAGGCCCAACCGAGGGUGGCUCUUAAGAAGAACAACGUGUGGCCACCUUCCACUCUGCCGUUUGACGCGAGCACCCUGAAGAUGAGAUGGGAAGAGCUGGGCUGGAGGGAUCCCUCCUUGGCUGGGGCCUCAUGUGCCCAGGAGUGUCAGCUAGGCCUGGCUUGGGGAGACCUUCUCAAGCAGCAGAACAACAGCCUGAACGGCUGCGUUGGGGUGAGGCCCUCACUUCAUCCGGUGACUAGCACUGCGUCCGGCAGCGCCAGCCCCACACUUGCCCGCGCUGUGGCCUCCGUCUCCGAGCUCGCCUGCAUCUACUCGGCCCUCAUUCUGCGCGACGAUGAGGUGUCUGUCACGGAGUAUAAGAUCAAGGCCCUCAUUAAAGCAGCCGGUGUAAAUGUUGAACCUUUUAGGCCUGGCUUGUUUGCAAAGGCCCUGGCCAAUGUCAAUAUUGGGAGCCUCAUCUGCAAUGUAGGGGCUGGUGGACCUGCUCCAGCAGCUGGUGCUGCACCGGCAGGAGGUCCUGCCCCCUCCACUGCUGCUGCUCCAGCUGAGGAGAAGAAAGUGAAAGCAAAGAAAGAAGAAUCCGAGGACUCUGAUGAUGACAUGGCCUUUGGUCUUUUUGACUAAAUCUCUUUUAUAACGUGUUCAAUAAAAAGCUGAACUUUA